UCUGAGAAAAUUACAUUUUGAUCUGACGCAUGACGACAUAACAUAAUAGACAAAAGUUUGCAAAAAAACACACGGAACAUCAAAAUUUAAAAGAAAUUUCAUAAAAGUAGUGAAAAUUAUAGUGUCUGCUGUUGAUAACACAAAAUUUUGACUGAACAACAGAAAGGCAUACAAUAUACAAUAAAUUUAAACUAAAAUUAGUUCUAUUACAAAUAUAUAAGUGGAAGCUAGCUAGCACUGAUAUUUCGCUGCGCGUUUAAACAGUCAAUUUACCGAGCAAGUCAGCUGAAACAAAAAAGAUGGUGAAACUAUUUGCAUUGAGUAUUUUCUACAAGGGUUCUGCUGAGGCUCGGCUAUUAAAAUCUACGUACGAUUUACAAUCAUUUUCGUUCUUUCAACGCGGCACAGUUCAAGAGUUUAUGACUUUUGCAUCAAAAACGAUUGUGGAGCGUACCCAACCCGCCAUGCGACAGUCCGUGAAACAGGAGGCAUAUAUGUGUCAUGUGUACGUACGUGCUGACAAUUUAGCUGGCGUAUUAAUAGCUGAUCAUGAAUAUCCACAACGUGUUGCCCAUACUCUCAUAACGAAAAUCUUGGAUGAGUUUAGUGCGAAAAUUGGUCCAGACCAAUGGGAAACGGGAACUGAUUCAACUAUUGAUUUCGCUUCAUUGCCUGCAUAUUUAGCAAAAUAUCAGGAUCCAAAAGAAGCAGAUGCGUUGACUAAAAUGCAAAACGAUUUAGAUGAAACUAAGAUUAUACUAAAGAAUACAAUUGAAGCGGUGCUUGAGCGUGGCGAAAAAUUAGAUGACAUGGUUAUCAAGUCGGAAAAUCUUUCGAUGCAGAGUAAAGCAUUUUACAAGACAGCCAAAAAGACAAAUUCCUGUUGCAAUUUUAGUUAAAUGCUUUAGAUAAGCUCAAAUACAUACACAAAAAUACGUAUUUCGCGAGGAAAAACUUGAUUUUUAAAUAUUUUCUUUGAAAACGUAUGUAUACACGUUAUUUUGAAUUAAUUUGUAAAUGCUUAGAACGCUACUUUUAUAUUGAAACUCUAUAUGAUAAUUAUAGAAUGUAUUAUGGAGCAACCAGUUAAAGAGUGACACAUACUAAGGCAAAUCUAUUUGUGAGAAAUAUAAGAGAAAAGCGCGUUAAAGUAACAGCAAAUCACAAAUUCAACCCAUUCCAAAUCAUUCGAGUUUGAUUUUAUCAAUACAUUGUUUUUGUUAUGGAAAAUGAGCAGAGUGAAAGUGGAGAAAGGCGAAAUAAUAUUUUAGUUCAUAUAUAUCCAUAUUUAUAUUGUAUGGUUUUUUAUAAGAUAUCUGUUGAGAUUUUAGGUAACACACAUAUAUACAUACAUAUAUAUAAAUUUAAACAAAUGUUAGUAUGUAUAUACUUUUGAUUAAAUAAAAUAGGCAAUAACAAGAUGUACCACCAGCACUGCAAUUA